AUGGUCACUUGGACCGUCUGUCUCGCCCCUCGAGUUGUCCAAUGCGUCGAUCUCACUCUACCUCUUUGCCGUUGCAAUCACGAAAUCACCAGGCUUUCCAACAGCUUCCUAGGCUUGUCAGAAAUCGGACUGUUUCAUAUAGCCAGCAAGAUGGGCUCCUUGGCAGUCACCGAUAUUCCGAUAGUCGAGGGACAUCGAUAA